AGACAGCCGUGGCCCCCCUCCCCUCGGGCGCCUGGCGCACCGGGGUGAGCGGAGGCCCCGAAAACGCGGCGGCGAGCGGCGAAACCCGCCGCGCGCGAGCGGAGCCCGGGUGUGCGCGCUUGGUGCCAUGGGCCCGCCCAGCCAGGGGAUCGGCGACGCCGUCGGGCCGCCCCCCGAGGUCGGCGGCGGCGAGGGCCCACAGCACACCGUCCGGAGCUGUGUGGUCAGCCAGCUACGCAAGACGAGGCUGUGCAAGUACAGCCCCAAGGGCACCUGCAAGUACGGCAGCCAGUGCACCUACGCGCACUCUGAGACCGAGCUCCACGCCAGCCCCGACCUGAGCAAGACCAGGCUUUGCACGGCGUUCCAGCUGGAGGGCUGGUGUAACGACGCCAGCUGCAUGUUCGCGCAUGGGGAGGAGGAGCUCCGCUCCACGAACAUGUUCUACCGCAAGACGCUGUGCAUCUGGAACGAGCGGGGUCCCGGCCACUGCCGCAACGGCGACAAGUGCCGCUUCGCUCACGGCCGCGAGCAGCUUCAGCGCGGCCCCGAGGACGGCAGGCCGAGGCAGCCCCCGCCCAGCCGCGCCGCGGCCGAGAGGCAGCCCGCCCGGGGCCACGGCGCGGCGCGGGCGGCGGCCAGGCCCGCGCCGCAGGUCUACCCCGUGGCCCCCAGCGGCGACGAGCACCCGGCGUCGGCCUCGAUGGCGGCGGCCUACGCCGCUGCGGCCGCGGGGCCGAGCAUGCCCAACAUCGCGCAGCAGCUGGAGUCCCUCUGCCACCAGAUCACGGCGCUGACCGUGCAGUGCAACCGCAUGUCCAUGGCGGGGGGCGGCGGCCAGUACCCGAGGAGUUACUCCGUCGGCUACGGGGGCGGCGACCCGCGCGCGCCGCUGCCCUGCGUGAUGGCGCCAACUGCGGGCACCGCGCUCAGAGCAAUUGGAUACAAUCCCAUGUGGGCGAACGGAUUGAGAAUGCAGGAGAUUUUGCAUCACACGACGAACUACGACGCGGUGCUGCUCUGUGGUACACAGACGGUGUGCCGCAAGGCCGAGGGCGUCCUGCGGGGCUUGGCAGUGCGCAUCCAGAAGGGCGCGAUCGACAUUACUUACGGUGUAUUGUAUUACCCGCCCCAGCCACGCUCGCACCAGGAGAAUGGAGUUUAUCACGAGACGGUGAAGUCACUCACACGCUGGUGGCGAUCGGUAUUGAUGGCUCUUCCGUGUCGCACCCUGCCGCUGUUCUACUCGGAUGUUAACGACGGCAUCGGAGCGCAGGUGAAGGCUGGAGUCUGCUACGAGAAGGACGCUGGGGCAUUGCCACCCGCGCCGCCGCCGCGGCAUUGCGGAGAUGCGAUGAUGGCGGCCAUCCUGAGGGGCGAGAAGAAGCCAGAGUUUUUACGAGAAGUUACACGACAGCUGAGCGACAAGGAAGAGCAUCUGCGAUCUCUGGCCGACCAGAAUUCGCCUGGCGCCCUUUGGGAGGCGCUGGAGACCAUCAUGACGACGGCGGGUCGGCGGCAGUUCUUCGCCUUCUACCUGUGCGACUACGGGGCCUGCUGCUGCCUCGCUAGAACGGGGGCCUAA